AUGUUAACAUCAGAAAAAUUCUUGAACCAAGAAAAUAAUUUUGAAGAGGAAAGACGGUGCAGUGAUGACGGAAAAUGGUUGGGAAGAAACGAAGAACGUUCAUCAAAUGGAUGGACAAAUUACACACCAUGUUUUACUCCAGAAAUGUUACUAUUAAUUCGUAAACUGUACACUGGUGACGAGCAUGCAGCUAAGAUAAAAUUGGAUAUCGCCGAAAAAACUCGAACUCUUGAAUUCGUCGGAUUAACUACAUCUCUUGCGGCGUUACUUUUAUCUCUGGCAAUCUUUUGGAGAUUCCGGUCAUUGAGAAAUACAAGGACACGUAUUCACAAAAAUCUUUUUGUAGCCAUGGUUAUCCAAGUUAUCAUUAGAUUAACAUUGUACAUCGAUCAAGCCUUGAUAAAAUCUCAAGUUUAUGGAUUUACCCAGGGUAUAAAUAAUGUUCCAAUUUUAUGCGAAGCGAGUUAUGUUCUUCUCGAAUAUGCAAGAACAGCUAUGUUCAUGUGGAUGUUCAUCGAAGGUUUCUUCCUUCAUAAUAUGGUUACAGUCUUUCAAGAAACUAGUCAUUAUCGAAUGUAUCGAUUAGUUGGAUGGGGACUUCCUGUGGUGAUGACAUCAACUUGGGCUGUUGUAACUGCUGUCUAUUAUCAUCCAUCAAAGUGUUGGUGGGGGUACAAUCUCACAUCAUAUUUUUGGAUAUUAGAAGGACCAAGAAUGGCAAUUAUAGUGCUAAAUUUUUUAUUCUUAAUGAACAUUGUUCGAGUAUUGGUUGUUAAAUUACGUCAAAGUCGAACUAGUGAAACUCAACAAGCACGAAAAGCCGUAAGAGCGGCUGCUGUACUUCUUCCACUAUUAGGAAUUACAAACUUAAUUUCGAUGGCUGCAGCACCACUUGAAACAACAAUUUGGUUUGCUAUCUGGUCUUACACGACACACUUUCUUACUUCGUUUCAAGGCCUGUUUAUAGCAACACUUUACUGUUUUCUCAAUGGCGAGGUCAGAAUUGCAUUGAAGAAAACAAUGUCCGUAUAUAUGUCGCUAAGAGGAAGUAAUCGGUCUAAUCGUCGGCUAUCAACAUUUAGUGGGUGUCAUUCCCAACGGAUAGCUGCAGAUGUCGAUGAAGGUGAAUUAAGAUCGAGGGGCUGGAUAAGACUAUGCUGUCGCGGCGGUGACACUCCACCUCCAGAUCGACGUGCCGAGUAA